UCUCAAGGGGGACAGAGAUUUCCAUUGGCAUUGAGGCUUGGAAGGAGAAUGCUGCGCAGGACCGUCUCCUUCCCCAUUGAGGCGGGACAGCUGCAGCAGCUGGGUCUACAGGGCUGUGGCUCCCACGGUGUGACAUCAUGCUCGGUGCUCGACCUCCCGGCUCUCCUCAACGCUCACCAUGGGCAACGGCAAUGGGAGGAUGAACGGUGGGGCUGGUACCAGGGGCAUGCCGAGGAAGGCCAAUGGGAGGAUGAGGGAGGGCUAGUGGUCACGCCUUCUUCUACUGGUAUGCAAAAUGAUGAGUUUGUCAGGCUGUUCGUGUCAGAGGAGGAGAGAAUCCUCAACUCUGCAGACCUGAGUGCAGAGGAGAGGAGUGACGUUCUAGCAGAGUUGGUGUAUUCCCGAAGCAGACUAAAGCAAUUGAACUCAGAGCUGCAGAGAACAGUGGAGUUAGGCGAUGACAACAACACACUGCUACGCACUGAGAACGCUGCACUGCGCAACCAAGUCAAAGGGAUGAAGCAGUCGAUCCAUGAUGCAGAGCAGCUGAUGGAUGAGCUGGAGGAGAUCCGGAGCUUAUCAGCUGAGAAGGACGGCGCUACAGGCAACCUAGAGUCCUACAUCAAACAACUGGAGAAAGAGAAGGAGAUUUUGGAAGACCAGAUUGAGACCAUUGGCAGUGAGAUGUCCCGUAUUAUACCAGAUAGAGCCACUGACAAGAAGAAGAUCGCUGACCUCAGCAAUGCUCUACAGGCCUUACAGCUACGGCUAGAGGAGAGCAGACUCGCCCUGGAUCAGAGGUAUGAGGUCAUACAUAAGAAGGACUUUGUUAUUGAGCAGCUGGAGCAGUCCCUCACAGAGUACUCCUCCAUCGCACAGGAUCUGAAGGAGAAGAUGAAGGAUCUGGAGAGCCAACUGGCAGAGGCCCUAGUGUAACACACACACACUCAAUCAUAACAUCCCUCACACAAUCACUCUCUAAUUUUGGCACGUUCUUUGUAAUACCCUCUCUUUUUUUAAUACCCUUUCUCUCUUUCCCCCUGUCUUUCCCUCGCUUUUU